GUACAGACCGUGGAUUUUUCGUUUAUGUGCACUGAAUAAUAUGAUAUAAACAUUUCUGUACCACUUUUAAAAAAAGUUGUAUUUGUUCACAUUACUAAAUGCAUUAUAUAACAUGAACAAACUGUUACAAACUAAUUCUAAGCAGGUCUAGAGGUAUGAAGUUUUCGUUGAAUCUGUAGUAAAGAGACGAGGUCUGAGGUGAGCAGCAGAGAGUUCUGAUAUAUAUCAGGGGCCAUGAAAGACACUGACACCGAGAUGCAGUUCAAACAAAGACCAAAGUUUAUUAGACAGGCUUCAGCUUAUAUAGUGUACAGAAAGGAUAGCCUGGGUGCCAGCCGAUCUUAGCCCCGCCCACCACGAUUUGAAAUACGGGGAAGAUCGGUCUGGGGAUUCACCGUUCAGGAGCUACUAUGAGAAUAUCAAAACAGGCCGACGAAUCAAAUUGUGAGGGCGGGCUUUAUACGAUGAUUGACAGAUAAACGACAGUAACGUAAUGAACCACGUCACCAAAGAGCGCGUGUGUUGAAUGGCUGCCGCUGUAGAGUUCAGAUGUGUGGAUUCUGACAUUGAGUCUGUUCUAAAAGAUAUCGACAGAGCAUUGAUUUUAAAAGAGGAACAGAGAAACGCGAGCAGGGCAUUUGUUGAUGUUUUUGCCGUCCUUCUUAUGGGAUUCGGCAAAGGUUGGUCGCAACUGAAAUGGACAACCUUAUCAUGGCGAGGCAACUCUGCGUGCACGACGAGAUGGAUAUAAUUAGCGGUCGUUGCCAGCUUCUUUUCGGAAGCCCGGAAUCGUGGUUGUCUAAUAAGUGGAGGGACAUGCUAGGCUCCAAUAUUUUCAAGCCAACGUAGGGUAUCGUCGUGGAUGAAGUUCACCUAACGUACAAAUGUUCGUCUCCGCUGUACCAACAGAAGCCAAACUUACUAAACUGGAAGCUCAUCCAACAGCUCAUCUUGAACUUGGGCACACGGAGAAAGUUUUUCCUUGGGCUGGAACAAAUGAUUUGAGCUCUUGUGAAACUAUUUUAACAAAGAAGCUUCAAAAUCUCCAGUUACAGAUGAAAGGGUUGCAUCCCAGCAGUGUGGAGCGCUCGGCCCCAUUUUUACUUACACCACCAAACCCACUGCAAAACCUUGAGCUGAUGGAUCCUGAAACAGACCAGCAGGAGACGAUAUCACACCAUCAGACCUCCAAAUACCUUACUGAUAUCAAACAAGAAGGUGAGGGUGAUGAGGAAGAUGUGUUUGUGCUGGAGUUGCAGAGAGGAUCAUGUGGUUUGGGUCUGGCAUUGGUAGAUGGACAGGAAACACCAUUUAAAGUCAAUGGAAUAUACAUCAAAUCCGUAAUGCCGGAAUCUCCUGCUGCUUUGUCCCAGCGGCUGAGACCAGGGGAUCGUAUUCUAGCAGUGAAUGGACUCAGUCUGGUUGGGGUGGACUACCAAACUGGCAGGGAGCUCAUUCAGACAUCAGGAGACAGACCCCGAUUACUAGUUGCCAAAUCUGACAGAAAUACAAGAGAAGCAUAACAUUCCUCCCACAAAACAACUUUUCUACAUUUUUUACCAAAUGCUUUUAUGUAUAUGUCUUUUAUUUUAUUGUUAUACGUGUGUGUGUGUGUGUGUUUCAUUAAUUGAAUUUUGAGAUUAAAUGUAUCGAUGUUUUUUUGAAAUGAUAAAACAUUUGUUAAUGUAUGUCUUAUACAAAUGGCCUCAUUGCCUUGACCAACUAAGUAAAACCUUUUUUUUUUAAAUGCUGCAUCCUUAUUGCAUAGACCAAAGUUUCUACAAUAAUUUGUUUUAUUCUUUAAGUGUUAAUUGUUUGUCAAUGUGCAUCCCAGAAAAUAAAUUUUUCACUUUUUGCCA